UAAUGCCUGGUGGACGGUUUGAAUGAAAGUUUACUGCGUGUUGGUUUCGCGGCAUACGGAUACAGAAUCGUAGAGCAGCUGAGCACACUGAUGGAGAUGAACGGCACGACGAUCUUAGGAGCUUUGCUAGCGGUGUUAGCUACCUUCGUGUUGAGUACGGAGGGCGUACCCUUCACUCGGACACUUUCGGAUGAUGAACUUGAACAUUUAGGAAAUUACUUAAAUUCAAUAAGUCCAAAAGGUUCAAACGAUCCAUAUGGUUGGGAAAAAGAUUUCCUCAGUAGUGGUACCCCUCUAGAUGUAUACGGCGGCAACAUGUGGGGCAACUUCCUCAAGGGAGUGAGAAGUGAACCGGAGUCGGAGGCCGUGCAACCCGCUAUGAAACGAUUCAUACCUGGGCGUCGUAGGUUCCGUGUCAGCUGGAAAGCGAAGUGAUUUACAGUCAAUACUAGCGCGACUGAUGGCGAUGCGGGGAAGCAGUAACGGCCGCUACACACGAUUCCGCUUCGGGACAGGAAAAUAAACUCCCUUUGAAAUAGUUUGCUUUGCAUUCUAAUUAUUUUUAUAAGGUUGUGCUUUGUUUAUGUUGUGUUUGGAUUAGAAGUCUACUUUCAGACAUUUAGGGGGUUUUGUUGGACUUUCGUGUUUUGGAAAGAACGAACAAUACGCUUACGAAAAAGAACUAUCAUCAAGGGAGUCUUCAAACAUUAAGACAGUAACACGUAGUAAAUAUACGUGCUGAACCAAAACACUUCAUGCAUGGCUGAAAAAUGAGUUUUCCGAUUCGAUAUCUUAUACCCAAUAUACGCUGCACUUCAUGAAAUGCCAUACGAUAAUUCUGUUGACGUAACAAGUUGUUCCAAGGCAUCUAUUGUAAUACUGCAAUGAAAUCAUCUUCUGACAACACUUUCUUUUAGUCACUCUUUCUAAAUCUCUGAUAUCCGAUUUCUAAAUUUAAUGCUGAAAAUCUUCUUAGAAGUUAUAUCACGUUAAGAUUCUAUUCAUUGGAACAACAAUACCGGCAUAUCCCUCCUUCGUUCAUUUCGCAUUGUUAUCCACCCAAGUCCGAUAAGUCGCAGCAACACUAAUCGCUGCAUUACUGUUGCGGGAGACACAAUGAAAAAAUCCGAGUGCGUUAUAUUCUAUGGUUAAGCAGAGCAAAAACCCAAACGAUGGACGUUUUUUUAGAAUGGAUAUAGAGUUGGCAAUAUGAUGAAAAUUUAACCGUUGUAAUUAUAAGCAGCGAACGCAUUUAUCGUGGUAGCAGAAGGAAAGUACCUUCAACUAGAAGAAGGAUAGGAUUAUAAGAAGUAAUGACGCAGAAUACGACAAGUACAUGUAGAUCCACACUGUCAUACAGCUUAUAAAAAUGUUUGUAUUACCAGAGUCUUUCAAAUAUUGAAAGACUCACACUGGUAUUAAAAUAUAGGUAAUGAAACUACACACAAUAGUUUGUGGUCUGGUGAUACUUUUUGAGGUCAAUUUUCCUUAAUUCAACGGUAAAUGAAUUUUGGUUUAAUUUCUGUAUGAAGUUAUGAACCAAAAAAUUGAAAUGAAACUCAUUCUUGACCAUCAGAUAACCCCUGAAAUGUGGACAACACAAAAGAACAUUCUUUCUGAACUUGCAGUUCAUGAAUUGAAUUAUGUUUGUUGAUUUCAUCAUUGUUUGAAUUUAAACAUUCAUAUUAAAAUUUUCAUUACAUAAACGGCGUAUCAAGUUGUUCUUCUCUUGAUGUCACUAUGACAGAUUUAAUGUGUGGAUGUUGGUUAUCUUACAUGUACAACAGGUGUGGAUUCCUGUACACUGAGAAUGGAUGGACUCCUACAGGAAGCACUAAAAACGUGUAUAGAUUAUCAUUGGCUUAUCAUACACCGAGAAAAGGUAUGAAUAUCAUACAACCACAGGUAUAUAUGACUUCGUACACUUAGAACAGAAAGGACCAGUAAUAUCCCAUCCUGAGAUCUGGCUUUUUUCUCCUACAUGUACGUCAUAUACACCGAGGGGCAGUAUACUGAUGACAGCCAAUGGUUUUGCCAAGAUGGCGAUAGUAUAUGCAACUCAGCUAUCGACAACCUCACUCUGAGCGAAAAUCAAGGCUAUAGAGUGAAAGAAAGAAAACACCCGCAUCUGGAAAUUUAUCACAUUCCAAUAAUCAGUCCAAAGAGAGAAAUGACUUUGAAUAUUGCAUGAUAUUUGGUAGUACAGGGCGAUAUUAUUACAGAGAGUAUCAGAUUUCACUCAAAAAUAUAUAAUUCUCAAAGGUUUUUGAUUCGAAGAUGAAACGUAUUACGAUUGCAUCGUUUUUCGGUUUCGCAGUGCUUAUUGAAAGAAAUGUGAGUGGUGAAAAGUGAGUUGUGCACUCGGUUUAACAUCGAUGCGUGAUAUAAAUGCGUUUACAAAUAAAAAUUAUCUGCACUUUAUGCAAUGGGUUCUUCUAGAUGCAAACUGAAGUUAAGGUAUUACACCAUACUAGCUGCAGCGUUAUACACGUAUAAAGUUUCAUCGCACAUUAUAAUUAUUGUCUCGCGGCAUUCCAUACUGUUUGGUCUCGACCAGCGAGGACAGCGACACAGAAUCUUGGUCACGAUAUUCAAUUUUCCAGGUGAGUUAUUCUACUUAAUGAACGAAUAUCAUCUCAAUUUGAGAUGAACUAUCUAAUCAAAUAUUUUCUCUGAAGUGAUAUUCUUAGGCUCACUUUUUAUUCACGUGCGUUAUCAUUGACGUGAUGUCGAGAUGAGACAUUUGCAGCAUCUAAAUUUGACUGUAAAAAUUUAUGACACUUCAUGUAUUUAUGACUUUUUAAAAGUAGCGAACAACAUUUGUCAGAAACUUGACAUUUCCGUUUAUAGCCGAUGGCGUAGAUAAUAUUUCCAUUUGCGACGAAUAGUAUAGGUUUUAUAAAACCAGCUCGCAAACUGAUGAUGAUCGGUAAUGUUCUUAAGCGCAUAUUUAUCACAUUGUCACAUGUAACAGUGAACAUUGGUUUUUACGAUACGAAAUAUGUAAACACUCAUUUAAAAAAAACUAAAUGUACCUUUAGAUAUUCUCAAGCUUUUGAAUACAAUGUAGCAAACUUGUAAA